GAAGCAGAGCAGAGAAGAAAGGCAGACACAAGGCAUUGAACCUUUGUCACCAUGGGGAACUGGAUUGAGAAUGAGGGGCUCUCCAUCUUUGUCAUUCUGGUGUGGCUGGGGCUGAAUGUCUUCCUCUUUAUCUGGUUCUAUGGGGUUUAUAACAAUGGAGAAGAAUUCUUUUACACUCGAAAACUUCUUGGGUUUGCACUGCCGUUGGCUAGGGCCCCUGCAGCCUGCCUGAAUUUCAACUGCAUGCUGAUUUUGCUGCCAGUCUGUCGAAACCUGCUCUCCUUCCUCAGAGGUUCCAGUGCGUGCUGCUCAACAAGAAUUCGAAGACAACUGGACAGGAACCUCACUUUUCAUAAACUGGUGGCAUGGAUGAUUGCACUUCACACUGCAAUUCAUACCAUUGCCCACUUAUUUAAUGUGGAGUGGUGUGUGAAUGCGCGAGUCAACAAUUCUGACAAUUACUCAAUAGCACUCUCUAACCUUGGAGAUAAUCCUGGUGAAAGUUACCUCAAUUUUGCUCGAAGGAGAAUCAAGAAUCCUGAAGGAGGUCUAUACGUGGCUGUGACUCUGUUGGCCGGCAUCACUGGCAUUGUCAUCACACUGUGCCUCAUAUUAAUUAUCACCUCCUCCACCAAAACCAUCCGGAGGUCUUACUUUGAAGUGUUUUGGUACACACACCAUCUUUUCGUGAUCUUCUUCAUCGGACUCGCCAUCCAUGGAGCUGAGCGAAUUGUACGUGGGCAGACUGCAGCGAGUAGACUGGAACACAAUUAUAAAGUUUGUGCGGACAAUAUCUCACAAUGGGGAAAAAUACCUGACUGUCCAAUCCCACAGUUCUCUGGAAACCCUCCUAUGACUUGGAAAUGGAUAGUAGGUCCCAUGUUUCUGUAUCUCUGUGAGAGGUUGGUACGGUUUUGGCGAUCUCAACAGAAAGUGGUCAUCACCAAGGUGGUCACUCACCCUUUCAAAACCAUUGAGCUACAGAUGAAGAAGAAAGGAUUCAAGAUGGAAGUGGGACAGUACAUUUUUGUCAAGUGCCCCAAGGUGUCCAGUCUGGAGUGGCACCCUUUCACACUGACCUCUGCCCCGGAGGAAGACUUCUUUAGCAUCCAUAUUCGGAUUGUUGGGGACUGGACGGAAGGACUUUUCAAUGCUUGUGGCUGUGAUAAGCAGGAGUUUCAAGAUGCUUGGAAAUUACCUAAGAUAGCGGUGGACGGGCCCUUCGGCACGGCCAGCGAAGACGUGUUCAGCUACGAGGUGGUGAUGUUAGUGGGAGCAGGGAUCGGGGUCACGCCCUUUGCAUCCAUUCUCAAGUCGGUCUGGUACAAAUAUUGCAAUAACGCCACCAACCUGAGGCUCAAAAAGAUAUACUUCUACUGGUUGUGCCGGGACACGCACGCCUUUGAGUGGUUUGCGGACUUGCUGCAGCUGCUAGAGACCCAGAUGCAGGAGAGGAACAACGCUGGCUUCCUCAGCUAUAACAUCUAUCUCACUGGCUGGGAUGAGUCUCAGGCCAAUCACUUUGCCGUGCACCAUGACGAGGAGAAAGACGUGAUCACGGGCCUGAAACAAAAGACCCUGUAUGGACGGCCCAACUGGGAUAAUGAAUUCAAGACGAUUGCAAGUCAACACCCAAACACCAGAAUAGGAGUUUUUCUCUGCGGACCUGAAGCCUUGGCUGAAACCCUCAGUAAACAGUGCAUCUCCAACUCUGAGUCUGGCCCUCGAGGAGUGCAUUUCAUUUUCAACAAGGAAAACUUCUAACUGCUCUCUUCCAUGAUAUCAGUGUGGGUUAUGCUGCCAAGUACCUAACCUAAUAAUGCUAGUUGAUGAUGUAAGUUCCACCCCUCCCACCUUAAAAAAAAAAGAGAGAAAAAAAUCAAACUGUAAGGGGAAGGUUUUCCUUGAAAGGAAUGUCAAAGAUUAUUUGAUAGUGAUAAUUUGCAUUUGCAUGGGGCUUUAUGGUUUUCCGAGUGCUUUUACAAACUUGAUUUCAUGUUUCACUCACAACGAUGCCAAAGAAAGGUAGGACAAGUGUGCACUUGACGGGAUGAGCACUGGGUGUUAUUCUAUGUGUUGGCAAAUUGAACACCAAUAAAAAAUAAAUUUAUAAAAAAAAAGAAAGGUAGGACAGGAUUCCUGGACUCAGUGUUUAGGAUAAAAAAAUGUAGGGAUGCAAAAUGGUGAAGUAACUUCCCAAAGAUUAUGAAGCUUGGACCAGAUCUAGUCCACGCGGCCCUGGGUUUGUUUGGCGGUCUUUCCGUGAUCCCAGGCUGCCUGGAAAUAGGCUCAUAUACUCCCCCAAAGGAAGCAACAACCCAGGGAGUGACCAUUCAUUUUCCAUCUGGUGUUAUAUUUGUUAUCAUUAUGUCAGAUGGAAUGACAUUUUGCAAAUAUUUAGGAGGUAAUACAUGCCAAGAAGGAUUGAACACUCAAGAGUGACAGGAUGGACAUCUGAGCAUAUACUCCAGGUUAGCAAAGCAGCACACCGACUGGGUCAGAGGUACUUCCUCCAGAAGAAGGAAUGGAAUUAAUUAGCCUGGAAUUAAUGUAUUACUCAGCAUUUACAAUGAGGCUUGGCAGAGUGGAUACUCAAUGAAAGUUUGUUGAAUGAAUGAAUGAAAACAUAUUUAAAACCAUACAAGGCCUGAGUAGAAAUAUUUUAAAGCCUUAAACUAAGAAUUGUGACAAAUGUGUACCUGAUAGGCCCAGCUGCUUUAAAUAGCAUCUACCCCCUUGUUUUAUUUAAAUAUACACACAAAAUGGCUCUUAUUUGUGUGACUACUGACUGGUUUAUUGUUACAUCAUCAUCAAAUUUAUGUCCUAGAAAUAAAAAUCCCCAGCUUACUGUGUAAGUAUUGAAUUUACACCCAGUAGAAUGUUCUAGAUGUCCAUGAGUUCAAGAAGGAGUCUCUAAAUCACUGUUAGUAUGGCCAGAAACAGUUUUUUUUUUCUUUGAACCGCUCUUAUUUCUGGAAACUAAAAACAGCUUUGUUUGCCCCACCCUCUGGAGCCACAGGUAUUUAGAACUACUUAACUUUGGUAAUAAGGAAGAAAGACAAGAGAGCUGGGGGAAGGACACAAAACUGGGUUAGGAGGAAUGGGGAAGGGCAGAGGGAAAGAGAAGAGGAGGAGAGGGAGAGAAAUAAAAAAAAAGGCAAAAAGGAAGGAGAGAGGUGGGGGGUCUCACCCCAGAUUCCACAAUCUUGUAUGUAUCGGAUGGAGCCGAUGGAGGCUUACACACACUCAUUUUAUUUUGAUUCCAUAUGGCAUUGAAGCUGAGAAUUUUGAGGCUGGGUGGGGGGGUAUAUUUUGAGGACCAGGAUGAAGUAGUGAGAACUCGGUUGUUCCUCUGGGCUCCCACGCUGCACAAGUCACUGCAGGCCCGUCCUGACAAGUCAGGCCUGCCUUGGGAAUGUCACCUCCCCCAAACGUCCCAGCAAGCUUUUUCCUCAGAGAAACUUAGACCCAGCCUGUUCACACUGCACUCCAGGUUUCAGUUCAUUCAUUGACCAAAUUUUUAUUGUGCUAUUACUCUGACUCAAGGCCCUGGUGCCCAGAGUUUCAAUUCUUUACACCAGAAUGUGAGCAAGAGGGGGAACCACAGUUCGAAGGAGUCUGAGAACCUUGGCCCUCUCUAACUUCCGUGACAGAAGUAAAACCAACUCCAUCUGCUGCUCUGAAAAUGUGUCUCCGGGGGUUUGUUUUGUUUUGUUUUGUUUUUUACCUUGAUGACAUCGUAGUUACCAAAACAGAGAGCCCUGCCCUGUGUUCUCCUGGUCCUGAGAUGAAAAAUGAAUGUAAAAGUGCUCGUCGUAAAUCCAUUCCUCUCCCAAGCCGCUAGCUGCCAGCUGCCAGCACAGCUUUUCUGGCUUUUAGUAUUUAGCACUUAGUACAGAUACCGAGAGAAUGAUUAAGCAUUGCUUUUAAUCUCAAGGCUACAAAGGCUUUUCUUAGUUCUCCUGUUUUUGCAAUAUUACAUUUAUGAAAUGUGAAUUCUUGUAGGUGUUGUAUUUGAAUUGUUUGUGGGGGAGGGAGGGUUUGGGAGGUAAUUCCUAGGAAGAACUAUUAAAAC